AUGACUGAAUCGACUAGAAAAGCUGUUGUAAAAAAUGCUGACAUGGCGGAAGAAAUGCAACAGGAUGCCAUUGACAUCGCAACCCAAGCAUUUGGCAAGUUUAAUAUUGAGAAGGACAUCGCGGCUUAUAUUAAGAAGGAGUUUGACAAACGGCACGGUCCAACUUGGCAUUGUGUGGUUGGUCGGAACUUUGGCAGCUACGUCACUCACGAAACAAAGCAUUUCAUUUAUUUCUACGCUGGUCAAGUUGCCAUUCUACUCUUUAAGUCAGGCUAG